AAAAAUGGCACCUUUUAGAUGGCCUGCAAUAGCAAAUGAUUUAAUGUUGGCGACCGAAGUUGCAGCCAGAAACCCGAAGAGUGGUGCAGAAUGGGAGACGAUUGCUUGUGUUCUUAGCAGAGAAUUUAGCACAGAUGAUAGAAAUGUUGAGGUAACUGGACGGGCUUGUAGAGAGCGAAUGGAGCGGCUUAUAGCAAAGUACAAAGAGGAAGACAAAAGAUCGCUCAAAAA